UCCACACCCACAACAAGUGACUUGGGUACAUUCGACGCUGGUUCUGCUCGGACGGCGCCACCGCACUUGACUUUGCAUCCUGCCACGAUGUUCUCGUUGCCGUUAAACCCGGGCCACUUUCAGAGCCCGCCGCUGUCGACCCACGAAAUCGACCUGUACAAGGCCAUGGCCAAGCAAAGCGUCGACAACGUGAUCAAGAAGUCGACGCUUGUCGGUGGACCUGUCAAGUGGUCGCUGAAAUCACGAGAAGGCGAUUUGAGACUGUACAAGGCCGACAACUUUCGAUCGACGCAUGAACGCGACAUUCUCUGUGGCGUCAUGGAGGUGAUCGGGACCCUGGACGAAGUCAUGCGGCUCUACCGAUGUGAAACGACUGCAGACACCAAGGAAUACGUCCGCCGCUUCGGCCGCGCAUACGUUGACGCAGUACAUCUGUACACGGUCAUGCCACGCCAGCCAGACCGUCCCAACGACAGCAUCCACAUCAAGUGGGGACUCGUGAAAGGACCUGUCGAUGGCCUCAUCGCGCGUCGGGACGUCUGCAUCCUCGAGUCCAACAUGGAGCUCCGACUCCAUGGACGACGGGCGUGGGUGCGCGCUUUCACGUCUGUUCAAUUGCAGUGCGUGCCAGACAUGCGCGACGCGCUCAAUGCGAUUCGCGCGCUCCAGUUCGACAUGGGCCAUGUUUUUGUCGAAUCCGAUCGCCCCGGCUACAUCGUCAUGACUAACCUGGCCGACAUGAACCCUGGAGGUAUCCUCACAGAUUGGGCAGCUGCACAAGCGAUCAAGACCUGGUGUCGCCAGCUCAUGGACAUUGACGGGUUCUUGCGGGAGGACCGGCUGAGCGCGACGCCGUUUCUGCGCCCGGACCAGCUUUGUCCGUCCGAUUUGCGGUCGAGGUGCCAUCUCUGCACCAAACAAUUUGGCCUGUUGCGGAAAAAGACACAAUGCGUCAAGUGCGGCGAGGUCUUGUGCCGCAGAUGCAUCAAAGAAUGGCAAGUUCGAUGGAAUGGAAUUCCCGUCAUUGCAACUUGCUGUUACCCUUGUUCGCUGCGAAACCCAGCGUCGUUCAAAGUGGUCAAGGGUCCCCCUGCCCCGGAGCAAAGAGAACGAUUGCUGUACGAGCUUGCGACCCCCACCUGGGGGGCAGAUGUGUCCCUGGUCGGAUCGUCGCCACGAAGCUCGACUGACAACCAGCCCAUCGACGACGACGUGGUGGCGUCGUGGAACAUUGGGAAUGAUGCUUCGCUCCAUCACUAUCUUUUGCCAUCGACACUCCCGCUUACGAUGAGAGCCCGCCAGAGCAAGAACCAAACCGGGCAAUCAACCAACUCUCGAACGCCAUGAGGUUUCGUUCGUUGAAUAAUGGUGUACGAAUGGAAAAUAUGGACAUCAC